CCACCCCUUCCCUCCUCCAUUUCCAUCCGGUCCGCGAUCGCGGCGGACCCUACAGUCAACGCGCGCCGUGAGUCACACUCCACAGCCAAUCCCUGGCCACAUCCGGGCUCGCCCCCGGCCCGCCCCAUUGUUCCCACAAGCCCGGAACCCACCAAAUCCCGCCCCUCCCCUCCCAAAAAAACACCCCUUAUCCAGUCUUUUCCAGCCUAGAGAUCACAGCGUAGCCCUCAGCCAAAGCGCGCACUGAGUGCAAACCCCAGAGUCAGUCCGUGUCCCGGCUCCGCCCCCCGCGUCCGAAUCCCGCCCAGCCAGGCCCUCAAGCCCAGGCGGGUCUCGAGCCUGGAGAGGCGAGGUUCCCGCACCAGAUAGCAUGUUUUUGGCCCAGAGGAGCCUCUGCUUUCCUAGUGGUAGAGCAAAAUUCCUGAAGACAAUUUCUUCUUCCAAAAUCCUCGGAUUCUCUGCUUCUGCUGAAUAUUCUGUUUUCUUCUGCCAUCUAGUGGUAAAAGAAAGUAAUUUUCCUGGUUUUUUGAAUGGAUAGUCAUCCCUUAAAAAGCAUCCAGAUUGUGCAGUAGUGCUAGCGACUUCGCAGUUCAGUCCUCGUACCCGACAGCCGCCACUGGUGCUGAGUUGCUAGGAAGCCCCUGUCAGCGAGCUCCUUGGAGCUUGAACCCAUUGUCACCCCUCCGACUCACCGGCAAAAAAAAAAAAAAUGGUUGAAGCAGAUCGCCCGGGAAAGCUCUUCAUUGGUGGGCUUAAUACGGAAACAAAUGAGAAAGCUCUUGAAACAGUAUUUGGCAAAUAUGGACGAAUAGUGGAAGUACUCUUGAUAAAAGACCGUGAAACUAACAAAUCAAGAGGAUUUGCUUUUGUCACCUUUGAAAGCCCAGCAGAUGCUAAGGAUGCAGCCAGAGACAUGAAUGGAAAGUCAUUAGAUGGAAAAGCCAUCAAGGUGGAACAAGCCACCAAACCAUCAUUUGAAAGAGGUAGACAUGGACCGCCCCCACCUCCAAGAAGUAGAGGUCCUCCACGAGGUUUUAGAGCUGGAAGAGGAGGAAGUGGAGGAACCAGGGGACCUCCUUCACGAGGAGGACACAUGGAUGACGGUGGAUAUUCCAUGCAUUUUAACAUGAGUUCUUCCAGGGGACCACUCCCAGUGAAAAGAGGACCACCACCAAGAAGUGGGGGUCCUUCUCCUAAGAGAUCUGCACCUUCAGGACUAGUUCGCAGCAGCAGUGGCAUGGGAGGAAGAGCUCCUCUAUCACGUGGAAGAGAUAGUUACGGAGGUCCACCUCGAAGGGAACCGCUCCCCUCUCGUAGAGAUGUUUAUUUGUACCCAAGAGAUGAUGGGUAUUCUACUAAAGACAGCUAUUCAAGCAGAGAUUACCCAAGUUCUCGUGAUACAAGAGAUUAUGCACCACCACCACGAGAUUAUACUUACCGUGAUUAUGGUCAUUCCAGUUCACGUGAUGACUAUCCAUCAAGAGGCUAUGGCGAUAGAGAUGGAUAUGGUCGUGAUCGUGACUAUUCAGAUCAUCCAAGUGGAGGUUCCUACAGAGAUUCAUAUGAGAGUUAUGGUAACUCACGUAGUGCCCCACCUACACGAGGGCCCCCGCCAUCUUAUGGUGGAAGCAGUCGCUAUGAUGAUUAUAGCAGCUCACGUGAUGGAUAUGGUGGAAGUCGGGACAAUUACUCAAGCAGCCGAAGUGAUCUCUACUCAAGUGGUUGUGAUCGGGUUGGCAGACAAGAAAGAGGGCUUCCCCCUUCUGUAGAAAGGGGGUACCCUUCUCCACGUGAUUCCUACAGCAGUUCAAGCCGGGGAGCACCAAGAGGUGGUGGCCCUGGAGGAAGCCGAUCUGAUAGAGGGGGAGGCAGAAGCAGAUACUAGAAACAAACAAAACUUUGGACCAAAAUCCCAGUUCAAAGAAACAGACAAAAAAAAAAAAAAAGUGGAAACUAUUCUAUCAUUACUACCCAAGGACUACUAAAAGGGAAAAUUGUGUUACCUUUUUUAAAUUCCCUGUUAAAUUCCCCUCCCUAAGUUUUAUGUUCUUGUGAGGAAAAAGGUAAAACAUGUUUAAUUUUAUUUGACUUUAUGACACUGCUUUUCAACAAGCAAAUGUUAAAUGUGUUAAGCCUUGUUGUACUAGUAACUUUGUAACUUCUAACUUUCCAAGUAAAAGUGUCCCUAAAGACCACUUCCUAUCUGGUUUUUCCCAGUAAAUGAGGCAAGCAAUUUUAAGAUCUUCCAUAAAACAUCUAGCCAUCUGAAAUGGAGAGAUGAAUUGUUCUGCCUAUACAAGCAAGCUAGCUAUUAAGAGGGUGGUUGGGGUAUGCUACCCAUAAGAUUUCAUGGUGUUUUCCAACGGAAAUCUCAAUGUUCUUAGUAUGCAAAACCUGAAAUCAGAUGCCUAUGUAAGGAAAUUGCUAUUCACCCAGUAAACCCAAAAAAAGCAAAUGGAUAAUGCUGGCCAUUUUGCCUUUCUGACAUUUCCUUGGGAAUCUGCAAGAACCUCCCCUUUCCCCUCCCACAAUAAGACCAUUUAAGUGUGUCUUUAAACAACUGCAGAAUACUAAAUAAAAAGUUUGGCCAGAACCAACCAUGAAGCUGCAAAGGUGCUUGGUCUAACUGUUUCAAAUUUUUGCAACUCUAGUGUCUCACUUUUAAAGGAACAGUUUGAUUGCAAAGGAGAAAAUAGUUAAGUAAUGAAGUUAUCUCCAACUUCCGAAAGGCUUAUGACUUCUAAAAAGUGAAUCUAUCAGCAUUCCACAUCAGAUUUAAAGCAUCAAAUGCCUGUGAAACAGCAAAGAUGGUUGAGGAUUAUGCUCAUUAUGGUUGUGGAGUGCUGCUGAUUGAUUCACAGUAGAUAAAGCUGGCAGUAAGAGAAAUCAAAUGCUAAGAGUUGUUGAAGCAGAAGGCGGCUGAUUGUCAGUAAGUCAGUACAGUUGCAUAAGCAGUGCUGUCAGAAUUGGUUUGGUGCAGGCAAUAGAUUUUGCCUUCAGGGGUUCCUGUGGAUCUCAGGAAGGCAUCAGUGUUGAUUAACACUCAUAACUAAGGAGUGAGUGGUAGUUACUUAAAACGAGUAAUUGACCAAAUGGAAAAGGGGAAGUAAUUAAGGAAAUUGGUAAGUGGAGGAAGUUCUUGUGGUCCUUUACAUAGAUUUUACAGCUUUGGGUUUCAUUUUGUUUAGCUAAAGUCAUGGGGACAACUCUUCAAUUUAGAGCUUAAAAAUGAUAGCUCUAUCUAGUGAAGUGUCUGUCAGUAAGUGAAACAUUUUUUGGUGGUGGCUUAUCCAGAAACAGUUUAGUUGUAGAAUACAACUUAUGAGUGACAUCUGGAAAGUAACAACCAUGCUAAGAUGGCAAACACACUGGAAACAAUUGGGCCACUUGGCUUUCUUUUGCUGUAUUGUUUUAUAAGCCUACUUUACCUCCCAGUCUUGGAAAUAAGUUUUAGUUUAUUGCUUUGGACACUAGAGCCAAUAGUAUAAUGUUCUCAAAGGAAACAGACUUGAGUUGUUGGAUUGGAGGAACUAAUUGAACUUCUAAUUUUUUUUUUUUUUUUUUUUGUCAUAACUAUGGCACUGUCAUGUUUUAACAUUUGCAGCUAAGGAUAGUAAGUACAACAUUUUUAACUUUCAUUUGACAGACUACUACUAAUCACAGACCACUAGGGUAAUGACCAAAUUUAUGUGGUUGUUGCACUUCCCAACCCUUCCAUAUUCUUAUAAUUACUUGGGUUACAGCUUCUGUGAGGACCUUUUGGCCCUUGAGAUAUCCUAAAUAUUUAAGAUAUUGAGAUAUCCUAAAUAUAGUAUAGGAUAUAGAGAUUAUACCAAAUAUGAAUGAAUAUUGUUCAAAGCAAGGAGUAUGUUAAAAUGACGAGACACCAGUUUUGAUAAAUAGUUUACUGACUUAGCAGAUGUGUGGAAAAAGAAUCAGAUCUUGAUUCUUCUGGGUCUAUACUGGUUGUAAAACAAUGAUAUAGAAAAUGUUUUCCUUGUUUAACUGGUAGUUGAACAUAGAACUUGGGUAUUAUAGAUCACUUCUCACUUUUUGGAAUGUUUUCUAUUGAAACUUUAACAUGGCAAAAAAAAAAAAAAUCCAAAAUCUAUGAGAUAAUUUUGUUAAAGUUGGCUUGCUUGGGGAGAUGCUUGGUCCAGAGGGAGAAAAGAGGGCAUGAUUUCAGAAUACUCUGGCAGCUUUUUAAAUUCAGCUUUAUCAAGUUACAGUAAACUGUAUCCGUUUAGAAUUACAACUCAAUGGUUAUUUUGACAGAUGUAUAUGCCAUGAAGCUACUGUCACCAUUAACAUGCACAACACUUCCGUCGCCCCCAAAAGAUUCCUCAAGUUCCUUUGCAGUCCAUCCCUCACGCUGCUGAUUUGUCUUUGUCACCAUGUAUUAGUUUGCUUCGUGGUGUUGUUCAGUACUUUAUAUAAAUGGGAUUGUGUAGCAUGUACUUUUUUGUUUAUGGUUUCUUUCACACACAUAAUGACUUUGAAAUUCACCAGGUUGCAGUGUAUUAGUAGCUUAUUCCUUUUGUUGCUGAGUAGUAUCCCAUUAUGUGAAUAUGCCAUUGUUUGUUUUUCUACUUGCCUGUUGAUGGACCUUGGGAUUGUUUCCAGUUUGGGGCUACUGUGAAUAAAACUGUUAGGAACAUUUGUGUACAUGCCACUGUGUAGACGUAGGUUUUCCUUUCUCUUGGGUAAAUACUUAACAGUAAAAUGGUUGGGUUGCAUGGCAGAUUUAUGUUUAAUAUUUAAGUAACUGCCAAACUGUUUGUUUUCCAAAGGGACUAUACCCUUUUAUAUUCCCACCAGGGUUGUGUAGAGUUCCAGCUGCCCAGCAUUCCUGCCAACACUCAGUUUUCAGCCAUUCUGAUGGGAAUCUAGUGGUGUCUCAUUGUGGUUUUAUUUUCAUUUCCCCAGGUGACUAAUGCUUGUAAGCAUCUUUUAAGUACUUUUUGGCCAGUUGUAUAUCUUCUGUGAAGUUGUUGUCAAAUCUUUUGCCCACUUUUAAUUGGAUUGUUUGUCUUAUUGAGUUGUAAAAUUUGUUUAUAUAUACUGUAUUAAAGUCCUUUGUAAGA